AUGGGAGUCCCGUCAGAAAAACACGACCACCCGGUCCGCAAUGAUAGUGUGGAUGUUGACGUGAAGAAUGGGGUCAUCCAAGAUGGAAAGGCAGACGCAGCCUUGGAUUUUCUCCGCGCUGAGGAUAAUACCGAUGCGACGGAAGUGAAUGAGAAGGCCCUCGUUCGCAAGAUUGACUGGAUGAUUAUGCCGCUCAUGUGGGCGGCAUAUAAUCUCCAAUAUCUAGACAAAGUACUCAUCAACUAUGCCUCGGUGAUGGGGCUGUUGACCGAUACAAAUAUGCGCACCAAUGAGUUCUCUGACCUGACCUUGGCCUUCUACGUGACAUACCUCGUCUUCGAAUUACCCACUGGUUUUCUCAUGCAGCGGCUACCAACAGCGAAAUAUUUGGGACUAAAUGUCACCUUGUGGGGUCUGAUGACCACGUUGAACUGCACCGCGAAGAAUUUCGGAGGAUUGAUGACUCUCCGGGUGCUGCUGGGAUGUUUCGAAAGCUCAUCCUUAUCACAUCCAUGUGGUACAAACGAAACGAACAACCCAAACGAAUGGGAACUUGGUAUCUCAGGCACAGGAACCGCCUCAAUAAUGGGUGCACUAGUCGCCUACGGCCUCCUCUUCUACACAAACGACCAAUUCAAAUCCUGGCAAAUAAUGUUCCUAAUCUUCGGCCUAAUAACCAUCGUCGUAGGAAUCUGCAUCGUCAUCUUUCUCCCAGAUAACCCCAUGACAUCGCGCCUAACCCACGCCGAAAAGGUCCUCGCCAUCGAACGCCUCCGCGAGAACCGCACAGGUAUCGAAAACAAGCAUUUCAAAUGGCACCAAUUCGUCGAGAUAUUCCGUGAUCCGCAAACAUACCUGAUCGUCAUCAUCGUGGCCUCAAUGAAUAUCUCCAACGCAGCCGUGAGCAGCUUCACCUCACUCAUAAUCAAGAACAUCGGUUUCACGACGAAGGAAACGGAGCUCUUGAAUAUCCCCAAUGGAGCAGUGAGCAUCGUCAGUAUCGUGACGGCCUCAUACUGUGCCUCGCGAUAUGAUCAGCGCUGUCUCUGCGUCAUCGCUUCGCUGACAAUCGGUCUACUCGGCGGCUGUCUCCUCGCCUUCUCGCCAAAGGAUAUGAAAGCAGCCCAGUUAGCAGGUAACUACCUAACGCAAGUCAUCGGGUCCGCCUUGCCAAUAUUGUACUCCCUCGCCGGCGCCAAUGCCGCCGGCCACACAAAGAAAAUCACCAUGAACGCCAUUCUCUUAAUGGCCUUCUGCCUGGGUAAUAUUCUGGGCCCGCUCACGUUCCGCACGAAGGACGAGCCGAAUUACAUCCCUGCGAAAAUUGCGCUUGUCGUUACCGUGGCGCUGGCUAUUAUAUUUGCGUUUUUGUUGCGCUUCUAUUAUGGGUGGGAGAACCGGCGCAGAGAUGCGCGCCAUGAGGGUGAGGUGCAUCAAGAGAAUUCGGAAUUCUUGGAUUUGACGGAUCGGCAGAAUCGGGAAUUUAGGUAUAAGCUUUGA